UUUCUCUAAUGGAGUACUGGUUGCACUUGUGUAAUUUGUUAUUAAUAUUAUCAACUCUUACGUGUCGAGCACUAUGGGCUCUGGAGAGCAGCACUCCCACUGGGUCGGAGGAGCUCACUCAGCUGACUCGGGAGCUCUUGGACUCGGCGAGUCAGCCAGAGUUCUCGGCAUGGCUGAGAAGAGUUCGCAGGAAAAUCCACGAGAACCCGGAGCUAGCGUUCGAGGAGUUCGAGACGAGUCAACUCGUGAGAUCGGAGCUCGACUCGCUCGGCGUCGAGUACACGUGGCCGGUUGCGGAGACCGGCGUGGUGGCUUCCGUGGGGAGCGGAGCUCAGCCCUGGUUCGCCCUUAGAGCGGACAUGGACGCCAUUCAGGAACUGGUUGAGUGGGAACAUAAGAGCAAGAACCAUGGCAAAAUGCAUGCUUGUGGCCAUGACGCUCAUGUUACAAUGCUGCUUGGUGCUGCCAAGUUACUUCAAAGCAGAAGCAAUCAACUUAAGGGCACUGUGAAGCUUGUUUUUCAACCCGCUGAAGAGGGACGUGCCGGGGCGUACCAUGUGUUGCAAGAGAGUGCUCUUGACAAGGUUAAAGCUAUUUUCGGUUUACAUGUCAGCCCAGAAAUGGCUACUGGUACAAUAGGGUCAAGGCCAGGUCCCUUCCUUGCUGCCUCCGGCAGAUUUGCGGUCGAAAUUGAAGGAAAAGGUGGACAUGCCGCGGCGCCUCAUGUCACAAGAGAUCCAAUUCUUGCAGCAUCCUCCGUUAUUCUUGCACUUCAGCACAUUGUUUCAAGAGAAACAGAUCCUCUUGAGGCCACGGUAGUCACAGUAGGGUUCAUUGAAGGAGGCCGGGCAGAAAAUGUCAUUCCACAGACAGUGAGAUUUGGAGGCACUUUUCGGAGCAUGACUUCAGAAGGUCUGUUCUACCUUCAACAAAGGAUCAAAGAGGUGAUAGAGAUUCAAGCAUCAGUGCAUAGGUGUAGUGCCACAGUAGAUUUCAUGCUAGACAAGAGACGGCCCUAUCCAGCAACGGUCAACGACGAAGAAAUGUACAAGCACGCGAAAAGGGUCGGAGAAGUUUUACUUGGGGAGCCUAAUGUGCACCUUCUUUCAAUGUCCAUGGGAGCAGAGGACUUCAGCUUCUAUGCAGAAAAAAUGGCAGCUGCAUUUUUCAUGAUUGGAGUGAAAAACAAAAGCUUAGGAUCGAAUCUUAAAGAGGUGCACUCUCCCUACUUUGUUGUUGAUGAGGAUGUUCUUCCAAUUGGAGCAGCCCUCCAUGCUGCUGUGGCUAUUUCGUUCUUGGAGAAUCAUUCUCUAUAAAUUCAGAAGACAAUAUUUAUGUUCUAAUCCUCAACAUUUACCUCUUAUCGACCCAUACAAAUGGUGGUUAGAAUUUGAUGUCUGUCAACGAUAUGUCACCAAUGAAACUCAACAGAACAAGUUCAAUGUUUUCUAUCAUA